AUGGAAGUAGAAGCCGCCGCCGCUGCCGCCUUCAUUAAUGUUGCAAUUGAAAACAUGAUCAAAGUCUCGAAGGAGUUGUCACCAAUCUUUGGUCUGCACAAGAAUGCAGCAAAGCUAAGCGGGAAUCUGGAAACUGUCCAGAACGUCUUAAAAGACAUAGAGAUGCAGACAAUCCCCAUUGGUGGAGCUGUCAAACACUGGCUGAAGGAGCUUGGAACUAAGGUGUUGGUUGCUGACAAUUCUGUGGAUGAACUCAAAUAUCAUCUUCUCAAAGAAACCUACAGUUUCAAACUUCCCACCAACCAGGCUAAAGUACUUACAUAUUUCUCAUCCAAUGAAAAAGGUGCCCUUAUUAUCAAUGAAAUCAAUGACGGGUUGGAAUCCUUUAAGAAUGAGGCAAACAAAAUUGGCCUUGGGAAGGUGCCUACUCUGUCUCAAACUGAUUCUCUUUCUGCUGAUGGUGUUUUAGUUGGUAGAGAUGAAGAUAUGCUCAAGUUAGCUGAGCUGCUCAUCACCAGCACCUCAGAGGGGCGGGUGUUCUCUGUCCUUGCAAUUCAGGGCAAGGCGGGGGUCGGAAGAACAAUGUUUGCUAGAAAACUCUUCAAUCAUGAAAGCAUCAAGGCUCAAUUUGGCGAAUUACGCAUUUGGGUGGAUGUUGGUAUUGCUUUUGAACCAAUCGAUCUACUCAAGAAAAUCCUUGCCACAUUUACUUGUGAUCAAGUUGAGAGUAGGGAUGACAUUCUAAAAAGGCUUCAACAAGCUAUCAAAGGAAAAGCUUGUCUUCUAGUACUUGAUAGUGUCUGUGUUGAAGAUGUUCCGAGAUGGAAUGAGUUUGUAAAUUGGAUCAAGGAAGUUACUUCUAUGAAAGGAAACAUCAUUAUCAUCACUACCAAAAAUAGAAAGGUUGCUGAUAUGGUUAGCCCCGUUCACAUUCAUCCAUUAAAUGUCUUAUCAGGGGAUGAAUGCUGGUCCAUAAUCAAAUCCAUAGCUUUUGGAAAUUCAGAUGUGCCAUCAGGUUUUGAGACGACGGGAAGAAAGAUUGCACCAAUAUGUGGGGGUUGUCCAUCAGCCGCUAAUUUAGUUGGGGGAAUGCUUUGUGGUAAAUCUCAAGAGCGCUGGGAGCUGAUUGCGGGCUUGAAAGAUGAGUGGGAGUGUAUGUUAGACAUAUAUGGAUUGAGGUUGGAGAACUUGUCACAAUCAUCAAUGAAGACGUGCUUCGCAUACUGUUCAAUUUUUCCAUAUGAUUUUAAAAUUGUGAAGGAGGAACUGAUUGAGCUAUGGAUGGCAGAAGGAUUUCUACAACCAAAUGAAGGAGAUGACAUGGAGUCUACAGGAGAAAUGCUUUUAAAUGAACUUGUACAAAACUUAAUGCUUCAAGCAGAGAGAGAUGAAAAUGGAAAUGUGGAAAGUUUUGUGAUGCACCAUUCGAUGCAUGAUCUAGCAUCUUAUAUACUAUUAGGUUCUCGUAAUGGUGAAGAUGGGUUGCUCCCAGUGAGAUACAUGAUGAUCCGACAAGAAUCAAGUCCUAUACAGAAACAAGUGGCAAAGCAUUUGCGCACAUUAUUCUUGGAAGGUGAAAUUUCUGAUAAGAUGCUUGUAGACUAUACAAGUCUGCGUAAUCUUAGACUUGCAAGAGCUAAAGAAGUGGAUUGGUGA